AUUCUCAAGCCGAUUGAGCCUGAGAAAUAUAAUGGAGUGCCGGAUCUUGCUGAAUUUCACAAGUUCACGAAUCAGAUGCAAGAGUAUCUUGCUGGUUAUCGAGUAAAGCCUCGUAACCACGCCUCUGUUGUCUCUAGAUUUUUAGGAGGACGUGCUCACGAGUUCUAUGUUAAUACAGUCUCUAGAAAUUCGAAGGCUUACCAGUUUAAAGACAUCCUGGUUGGCCUAUUCAACUAUUGUUUCCCUAUCGAUUUCAGGCAGAAAAUGCGAGAGAAGCUUCGAAACACACGUCAGAAUGGUCGCCUCAUUCAAACCUAUGCUUAUGAGCUGGAGAACCUAUUUCUCAUAUUAGGUAUGGACCGAAAUGAGGAGCGUGUUGACGCGUUCUGGUUCGGGUUAGACAAAUAUAUUCAAGGCGAACUAUGGAAACAAAUGAUG